AUGUAUACUGCAGGGCUAGGCUCAUGCGCGCGAUGGACCUGGUUUCCAUUGCAGGCUCUUGGGCAGUGGCUUCCCGUCAUCGACGGGCUGCACAUUGGACAGCUGGUGGAGAUAGAGGCAAGCCAUGCCAGUCUGGCAGGCAAGUGUGGCCAGCUUGUCAAUUGGCUUCCGGAGGAUAAUCUGUUCGAGAUUGCCCUCCUCAGCACGGGGCGAACUGUGCGGGUGGACCCCAAGGACGUACGCAGCGUCACAGACUGUCAGGGUCCAACGACUGGUGGUGGGCCAGACAGCUUCGACAUAGUCAUUGGUCCGAGGACGAACCGGGAUGCACUCGGCGAGGUCCUCUGCAACAGCCUACUAGAGAAAGGCUUCUGCGUCCUUCGUCUGAUUCAGCGCGAUGAGGAUCGUGAAGAAGCGAUGAGGAUGGUCCGGGGAUUCGACAAGGAUAGCAGGCUUUGCCGAUUGGCAAACGAAGUCGAGGAGGGCUACCUCGGCAAGGGCGGCCGCGGCAAAGUUAUGUGGCUGGAUCCUGAAGACUCCUCCGUUCCUCGCGGUGCCGCAUUGCGAAGGAAUGAUGCAAAUAUCACCAGCUUGGCCGAGAUUCUGCAGCCCUUCGCAGAGGAUGUUCUCGGGGCGCCAAUCUCGGAGCGCACGCCAGCGAUGGCGUGCAUGUCCAUGACGGAUGCGGAGGAGGCCAUCUACGAGCAUCCGACUGCCUCAGACACGAUCAUCGAGGAGUUCUACGGGAACUGGGCGCGCAGUGUGCUGCGAGUCGUGCACUUCCUGGGCCCCGGGGAGUGCAAGGUGGCUCUAACGGCAAAGGACGAUGCGCCCAUCAGCCGGUUAGAAGAGAGCUACGAGAUCAAUGCAGGUCCCAACACGAUCAUCCUCAUGAGGCAGGACACCUUCGACUAUUGGUGUGACGAGCCCGAGGAUGACAGCGAGGCCUUCUGGCUCCAGGCCUUCCUGCUCCGGGCCGGUCCCAACUGGACCCUGGGUGAGGUCAUCGAUGGUGACCUGAGCCUCCUGAUGAGCCGAGGCGACGGCCCGCCACCGCCCUCGGGCCCCGAUGUGGUCGCCGUGGUGGCGCUGUCCUUGCAAGCCUGCGGCAAGAUGACAGACCACCACAAAGAGUGGACAGCCUACACGGCCGGUGUGGAUGCCCAGCUGGAGAUGCCCAUCCUCCGUUUUGAAUAUCUUCCGUACUACAACGAGGAGGUGGACUUGCCCCAGGGCACGACCUUCGUGAAGCACUUCUCGGUGCAAGAUGGUGUAGAGCUUUUUGACAACAAGGUCUUUGAGAUCUCCAACAUGGAGGCCGAGUGCAUGGACCCGAUGUACCGUCAAGUCAUGGAGGUGGGCUACCUGUCCACCUUGCAGAUAGGGCUCACCAAGAAGAUUGCAAACUCGAAGUCCACCCAUGCCUCCGUGUCCGUGGGCCUGGACAAGCAGGAGUGGACGCAGAUGCCGGUCGCCACGAGCGUAGCGACAAACAACCAGCUGGCCAUUGUCGCGAACCGCUUCAACUACGUCUUCAACCUAAAAGGCGGCAGCUACGCGUGCGACACAGCCUGCUCCUCCUCUCUGGUGGCCUCGCACCUGGGGAAGGUGAACCUGCUGGAGCAGCGGUGGGAUCCCCUUGAGUGGCACCUGGGAAUGGGCACAGGCCUGACGCUAACCGUGGGAUCAUUCAUCCACGGCUGCGCGGCGCACAUGCUUUCGCCUGGCGGCCGCUGCUUCACAUUCAAUGCCACAGCCAACGGCUACAACCGUGGAGACGGUACAGCGGCCUUCAUCAUCAAGAACGGCACCUUCGAAGAGGAGAGGUGUGCCUUCCUACGGGGCUCUCAGAUUGGUCAGGAUGGGCGCAGUGCCAGCAUGUCGGCCCCGAACGGUCCAGCGCAGGAGAAGUGCGUCUGGGGUGCCAUUCGCGAAGCCAGGAUGCGACCUCCAGAGUCCACGGUGUGGGAGUGCCACGGCACCGGGACGUCAUUGGGAGACCCCAUCGAAGUCGGCGCAGUUCGAAAAGUGCAGAUCAAGGAGCAGCGCGUUGAGCCCCUGCUGAUCGCCAGCAGCAAGUCCAACCUCGGACACUUGGAAGGUAGCGCAGCAGCAAUUGCCAUGAACAAGUGCAUCCUGGUCGUGAUGCAUGCCAUGGCGUUGCCGACGCAGCACUUGAAGACGCUGAAUCCGCACUUGGACCACGCGGCGUUCGAUGCAGUUUACUCCACUGAGCAAACUGUGUACAAGUACGCCCAGGGCCACUGCCAGGUGUCAUCCUUCGGUGUGGGGGGCACGAACGGACACGCCAUCUUCUGGGGGGAGAAGGCUCAGCCCGACGUGGACUUCCGCAGGGUCUUCCUUAAGAAGAUCAUGCGCGCCACGCCGCCCAUCACCACUGAGGGUUCCACGGACCCCGCCCUGUGGGACUACCGGGGGCUUGACUACAAGGCUACCAUGGGGGACACCUACAAAGUGUCGCUCGACAAGGACCCGCUCACGGGCGAGGAGAACGUGACCUUCGAGAAGGAGCAGGUCAAAGACGACCCUGCGGAGUUCUACAGCACCACCGGCAACCACAACGACUGGGACAGCGAUCGGAUGCAGGAGGGUUCCAUUCCGGGCCUGUACUUCCAAGACAUCACAGUGCCGGAGGGAGGUCAGCUCGAGUUUCGCAUCCUGGUUGAUGGCGAUGCCGACAAGAACAUCGGUCCGGAGGACACGACUUCGCAGCCUCUCCUUCCCAUCAAGGGGCCGGAGAAGCAGCUGCGCACCUCGUGGUUGGUGGACGCUUCGCCCGGAACUCUCGUCCGAGUGGAGUUCCUCACGUCCACGAAGGACCUCCACAGCUCCUUGAAGCCCAGAAGUGUCUCUUGGUUCAUUGUCGGGGACUGA